AUUGUGUUUAUUGCUUGCUAUACCUGUAGAUGUCAAAUGAACACGUGUGAAAUCUCACGGCUCCUAUUGGUCAGUUUGAUUUUGAAUUUGGAAGGCGGCAUUGCAAAAGUUAUGAAAAAUCGAUCAUUUGAUUGAACGCGUUUGGGAAAGACGCACGUCUUACAUGAUUACAUAAAUAAUUAAGAAAUAAAUAAUGCAGAUGAAGGGAGGGAAGGAUUGAAUAUAUUUUUUAUAUUUAACGGAAAAGAAAACAUAGUUUUCAAGAUGAUGACCAAAACGAAGACCCAGGGUCUGGUAUCAGACUUGAUGCCCAAUAUCAAGUUGAUGCAAAUGGCCGGCCACUUCUUAUUCAAUUAUCAUUCGGAAAAUGGGGGUAUGACAACACUCCUACGAAAGAUCUACGCCAGUGUCCAUGCGAUCUUGCUCGUAGCGCACUAUCUCUGUAUGGGAGCUAAUAUGGCCCAGUAUUCUGAUGAGGUCAACGAACUCACAGCCAACACGAUUACUAUAUUGUUUUUCGCACAUUCGAUCAUCAAGUUGGCCUUCUUUGCUAUCACUUCGAAGAACUUUUACAGAACUCUAGCCGUCUGGAACCAGUCGAAUAGUCACCCUCUAUUCACGGAGUCUGAUGCACGGUACCAUCAGCUGGCUCUCACCAAAAUGAGGAGGCUCCUGUAUUUCAUUUGCGCUAUGACUGUUUUAUCUGUUGUGUGCUGGGUGACAAUAACAUUCUUUGGAGAGUCGGUUCGUUUGAUUCUGGAUAAGGAAACAAAUGAAACUCUGACUGAACCAGCGCCUCGUCUGCCCGUGAAGGCAUGGUAUCCAUUCGACGCUAUGAGUGGCACGAUGUACAUUGUCGCUUUUGUUUUCCAGGUAUACUGGCUGUUCUUCUCCAUGAUAAUAGCAAACCUCAUGGAUGUGAUGUUCUGUUCCUGGUUGAUAUUUGCGUGUGAACAACUACAACACUUGAAGGCAAUAAUGAAGCCGCUGAUGGAACUUAGCGCGUCUCUGGAUACCUACAGACCUAACACUGCGGAGCUUUUUAGAGUGUCUUCAACAGAUAAAUCAGAAAAAGAGCCGCUCGAUCUGGAUAUUCGUGGUAUCUACUCAACUCAAACGGACUUCGGCAUGACGCUCCGAGGCGCAGGAGGCAGGCUGCAGACCUUUGGCCAGAACGCACCAAAUAAUCCAAAUGGCUUGACGCAGAAGCAAGAGAUGUUGGCGCGAUCAGCUAUAAAGUACUGGGUGGAACGGCAUAAGCAUGUAGUGAGGCUCGUCUCUUCUAUCGGAGAUACGUAUGGUACUGCUCUGCUCUUUCACAUGCUUGUUUCUACUAUUACUUUAACUUUAUUAGCUUAUCAGGCUACCAAGAUAAACGGAUUAAAUGUCUACGCAUUUAGUACUGUUGGUUAUCUUAGCUACACUCUGGGACAAGUUUUUCAUUUCUGUAUAUUUGGCAACAGACUCAUUGAAGAGAGCUCAUCAGUCAUGGAAGCGGCUUACUCCUGUCAGUGGUAUGACGGGUCAGAAGAAGCCAAGACAUUCGUCCAGAUCGUGUGCCAGCAAUGCCAGAAAGCUAUGAGCAUUUCGGGCGCCAAGUUCUUCACGGUUUCACUUGAUUUGUUCGCUUCUGUACUUGGUGCCGUCGUGACGUAUUUCAUGGUUUUAGUACAAUUGAAGUAAAAAGCAAUCACACUCAUUUACAAUUUAUAUUAAUAUUUUAUUAAGUUAAGGAAUAAAUUAUACUAAUAAUUAACUGAGUAUUUUUAUGUAUAGUAAAUAGCAGGAUACUUGAGCUUACU